CGACGACACACCAUGGAUGCCACGGGAGAAGGGGGUUCUGCUUUCCCAUUCCAUGAUCUCACGGGAAGUGGCCAUUCGCUGUGGAAUUCCCACCACGAGGCACCACAUGUUGUCACGCCGGCAAAUCCACAGCCUUUCCCAGUGGGCCACUGAUUUUGGUGCCAAGGAGGACCUCACUACUCGGUUAGCCAACAUCAUCCGUGAGUACUCUGCUUCGCGGGAUGUGCUGAAGGAGCUUCUGCAGAAUGCGGACGAUGCUGGCUCACAUGUCGUACACUUCCUCUGGGACCAGCGCCACCACCCAGUGCAUCGUGUCUUUGGUGACGAAUGGGAAAAUCUCCAGGGCCCCGCCCUCUGCAUCUACAAUGACCGGCCCUUUGAAAUGUGUGACAUAGAAGGGAUUCAGCGUUUAGGCUCUGGUGGUAAAGGUGGGCGGCGGGAUACUACUGGCAAGUACGGUCUGGGGUUCAACACAGUUUACCACUUGACUGACUGCCCUGCCUUUGUGACAGGAGACAGUGCCCUGUGCGUCUUUGACCCCACCUUACGGUACCUGCCUAAUUCUGAUGACAUCUCUCCUGGAGGAAUGUUCAACCUGACUAAAGAUUUCAAAGACACCUUCCAAGAUGUUUAUGACAGCUUCUUGCCCAAAGUGUUUGAUCUGCAGCAUGGCACGGUUUUUCGAUUGCCCUUGCGUACCCCUGCCGGGGCAGCAGUCUCCCCUAUCUGCCAGCGUUCUGUGUCAGAGGAGGACAUGCUAAGUAUGUUGGAGGCUCUCAGAGAAGAGGCGGAUUGCUUCAUGAUGUUCCUCAACCACGUUCACCGUGUGGUUUUCUCUGUGAUCAAGGAGGAGCAAAAGAUGCCAGUGGAAAUUCUCUGUGUGGAGACUGUGGGUGGUGAGGCUGAAAGACUAGAAUACCAGAAACAGUUCCACGAAGCAGCUGCAGCAGGUGGGAGGGAUGUGGGUGAGCCAGUAAGAGUCUUUUACAGAAUGAAGGUGAAGUGUAGUUUCUCCAAGACUUCCAGGGAAUGGCUAGUUGGGAGACAGAUAGGAGUAGACAGCGUGGACACCGUAAAAGGCGUACAGCUGCCGCAUGGCGGUGUGGCUGCUUGUCUUGAUGGGCAAGCACUAGGCAGGGCCUUCUGCACCCUGCCGUUGCCGGCGAAAACCGGCCUCCCUGUCCACAUCAAUGGGAACUUUGAAGUGGACUCUGCUCGGCGGGACUUGCGGAAGGAUGACAACAAGGACAGCCCUGAGACGGCGUGGAAUAGCUUUCUGCUGCAGAGCCUUAUAGCCCCUUUGUAUCUCCACCUACUUGAGGAGCUGCGGAAGGCACUGGGGAAUUCACCGCUGCAGUCCUCCUCCCUGAAUGCAUGCCAAAAAAUGUUAGAUUCAAAUUAUUUGCGGCAUUUCCCACUUGUGACAGGCGACGUCCCCCCGUUCUGGCAUCAGCUAGUGAUCCGUCUGUAUGUGCUGGCAUUUGAGAGACAUAUCCCACUGUUGCCGGUCUACCGAAAGGAGAGUAAGUCUACAUGGGAGGUGGUGGUGAGUGUGUACUGGAGUGCACCACAACAGGGACACCCAACCAAAGAUCCCUAUUUCCUCAAUUCUGAGAUAAAUGGUCCUCUUGAAGAUGCUCUCCAGAAUCUGGGCAUGCUCUUAGUCCCUGCCUUCCUGCGUCUACAGGAAAUCCAUGAACAAUUUGUCAAGGCAGAAGUUGGUGUCCGAACCUUGGAUUCUCCAUCCCUCUGCUGCUUCCUCGGGAGUUUGCCUGGCUUGUGUCUGCCAUGCCCACUAAAACAAACGCCUUUGAAGAAUAGUUUGGGCUGCUCCGCUCUUCUCAACUUUUGCCUUAACGGGCUGUGCUCUGAGAACAUCAGAUGCCUGGAAGGUCUCCCCUUACUGAUCACUCGGGACAAUAUGCUCCGGCAUUUCAGUCAGAGGGACCCUGUCUACCAGAGCAGCGCUUAUAAUCUUUUUCCAAGCCAUCAAGAUAGGUUCUCUGUCUGCUGCGUUGACAGUCCAGAGGCUAGGCAACUCUUACUAGAGAGCGGGUUUAUCAAAGAGUUCACCCUGAGCGAAUCUGCUGUUUACAUCCAAGAGAGACUGAGAUUGAAGGACUGGGUCACAGGUCCUGAACGUCGGGCCUGGCUAGGUAAGGUAUGGAAGUUCUUUGAAAUGCAGAUCUGUGCAUCUUCCGAGAAGGACACAAUAAACCAGAUGUUCCAAGAGCUAGUUUCCCUCUUCAAAGGCUGGUCUGUUCUCCCUGUGUGUGGCUCAGGUCAGGAGCUGGUUCCCCUUGACUCCCUGAACACAAUUGUGGCUAGCCACGCUGGGGAUGUUACUGAAAUGCUCUGCAAGCUGGGCUUUGCAAAGCUGGACUUAGCUCUUCUGCCUCUAGAACUCACCGCAAGCUGCAUUGAGCCACAGCUGGUUCAGACAGACAACCCUGCUGCAGUGCUGGCACAGUUGGAUGCCCGGCCCAGCCUGCACUGGCAUGAGCUUAAACAAUGGGAAUUUGAAAGUCUCUUGAGGUUCCUGAGCAAAGAUCUGCAGAAGUUAGCAAGUGACUGUGGGUUACUCAGCAAGCUGAAGGCCUUGCCAAUAUUUGAGACUCAUCAAGGACAGCAUGUGUCACUCGCUUUGUACCAGAAUGUGUACUUGCUGUGGUCCAAAAUCUCAGAGAGGUCCGGUAAUUUCAGCGAGCUUUAUGAGGCAGUUACCGGGACAGUUCUGCUAAAAGACAAUGUACUGAACAGAAAUUUGAGCAACUGCUUGGGUAUUGACGUAAUGAACGAUUUGCAGCAGUUUGUGAAACUCCUCUUGCCUCACCUGCUGCAUCUCCCAGAGGCCCGUCUGCUAGAGGCAGUGAAGUUACUCCUCCUCAUCAAGACAUUCUAUCCAGAGUACAAGGAUCAGAAGGAGACUGUGAUAUCAAAGUUCCGACCUGUUGCCUUCAUCCGGGACAAGCAAGGUGUGCUGCGUCCUGCAUCCUACUUCUAUGACAGCAGUGUUGUUCUUUUUCAAAAGCUGGGAUUGGACUCUCGAUUUGUGCCAGACAAAUUCUACAAGACUGUGUGGUCAGGUGACGAAUCAGAAGUGAUUAGAUUCUUAAAGGAUGUGGGCCUGCGGCAUGAAGUCACUGAGGAUGAUUUCCUGAAGUUUGCAGUCCAGAUUCAGAAUGAAGCGUUGAAGGAUGGUGCUAUGUCUGGUGAGCUUCCUAACAAACGAGAAGCACUCCUGUUGCACUUGCUUAAGCAGAAAAGUGAGUCUUUAACAGAUGCCUUCUUGGAUCAGUUGUCCCAGCUCCGUUUCUUGGCACCUCAUCCCAUCCGUGCUGAUCUGCACAACCUCCACUCACCAUUCGUCUCGAGCAACACUCCAGUGGCACCCCAAGGUGCUUUAUGUACUUGGGAGAAAACUGAACUAGCUUGGACAUCAGUAGUGAUUCUGCAUCCCAUUAGAUCAAUGGAUGACAACACAAAAGCCAUUCUGGAACGCCUAAGGGUACAAUGUACCUUAUCAGCCCAACUGGUCUUGAAAAAUUUGAGUAAUGUAUGUCGGGCAGAAUGCAGUACCCAGGAAACCAGGAAAACUCGGGCAGCCGUCCUCCAACUGAUGUAUGGGUACUUGUUGAAAGAGAAGCGCAUAGACACAGAAUAUGUCAAUGGGCUCCCUGUGGUGCUGGUAGAAGGUAAUGAAGUAGCUGAAGCCCAGCAUGUGGUGGUGUCCUUGAACAACUGGAGUGAAUUCCGACCAUACCUCUACAGAUUACUCCCAGACCUAGCUCCCUACAAGGAACUUCUGGAGAAAUUUGGGAUGAAAGUUGAACCCACCAUCCAUCAUUACGCCAGUGUCUUGGCCAGGAUCUACAAGGAGACCACACAGAAAGCUACACUGCUACCCAACCACAUUAAAACAGUACAACGGGCCACCCGGUGCUUCUUCCAGCUUCUAGAUGAAUCACAGGAAACAGUGGACUUCUCAGACCUGAAGGAACUGCAUCUGCCUUGCACUGAUGGGAAGCUUUACCCAUCUAAUACCCUAGUCUUCAAUGACUGUGCCACUGACCAAUCCCUCCAGGCCUUGCAGGGUACUUUUCAUUUCCUACUGGAUCAUUUCGGUGUCAACCGGUUAUUUGAGACCUAUAAUCUCAGAAAACUACUGUUCCUGCUGCCAGUAGCCCUGCAACCCAAGAGACUGUCAGAUAUUACCAGAGAGCAACUGGAUGAGUCAUCUCUAGAACUCUGCUCCUAUGGAGCUCACUGUGAGUUCCAGUCCCGUCUUGAAGAACUUCUGGUCGCUCCCGAAUUCCAGGAUGCUCUUGUUGCACUUCUAAGGUGGCAGAACGCAGACAUGGAGGCAGAGGCUGACAGGGUACACAGUGGACUCUUCUCACUGGAGCAGUUAGAGGUUAUCUGCUGUGAGAUGCUCUACACCGUGAUGUUUCACCAGUCACAGUGCUUGGAGGGAAGCCGAGAGGCCAAGGCCGUGUUUGUUGAAACAACACCAGAUGGGAAGCAGCACAUUUACCUUUUGCACCAGGACAAGAGAUUCUGGCUUGCCAAGGACCAGGAGAAAUUGCUGCAGUGCUGA